GUAUACCCUCUUGUAGCUGAAACUGUACACCUGCAUUCACCUAUAGAUCCCGUUAUUAACGUAACGAUAAAAUUAUAUAAAAAACAACGAUACUUUACUUUUAAAUAUAUAAAGUUUAGAUACAUAUCUAAGAGAGAAUAAUGGACGAAAAUGAAGAAAUGCCAGAAGUACAUCCGGCGUUCGCGAAUUCGGGAAAGAAGGCCGGUCUUGAAAUAUGGAGGGUAGAGGAUUUUGAGCCGGUCGCAGUGCCCCCUAAUCAAUAUGGCAACUUCUACAGUGGGGACUCCUAUAUUGUCUUGAGGACAAUAGGCAAAUCCACCUUGUCAUGGGACAUCCACUUCUGGCUUGGCUCAAAGACGAGUCAGGACGAGUCCGGGGCAGCCGCCAUUUUGUCCGUGAACCUGGACGACGAGCAAUUCAACGGCACUGCGGUGCAGCACCGGGAAACUCAGGGAUACGAAUCUAAACAGUUCCUGACGUAUUUCGAACCAGCGAUUCGUUACCUGGAGGGCGGCCAUGCUUCCGGUUUCAGCCAUGUCACAAUCAACGCUGGUGCGGAAAAGCGCCUCUUCCAGAUCAAGGGCAAACGGAAUGUCAGAGUUCGGCAGGUGGAAGUAUCAGUCACGUCCAUGAACAAGGGUGACUGCUUUAUCCUGGAUGUGGACCAUGAUAUCCUGCUGUACGUGGGGGAACAGGCCAAGAGCGUGGAGCGUCUAAAGGCGAUAUCGGUGGCCAACCAGAUAAGAGACCAGGAUCAUAAUGGGAGAGGAAAUAUUGAGAUCAUUGAUCCAUAUUCCCACGAGGGCGACGUGAGCAAAUUCUUCGAGGCCUUAGGAUCUGGAGACCAGGAUUCAGUGCCAGAUGCGGAAGAUGGUGGUGACGAUGAGGACUUCGAGCGCGGCGCAUCGAAAGAAGUGACUCUUAAUGAGAUAUCGGAUAAGUCCGGAUCAAUUGAGAUUAAGAAGUUACCUGGACCCUUCACGCAAGACUUACUGGAUACUAAGGAAUGCUACAUCCUCGACACAGGUAGCAGCAUUUACGUGUGGAUCGGAAAGAAAUCCACAAAAGAGGAGAAGGCAGAGGCUAUGAAGAAAGCACAACACUACCUGGAGGCGAAUAACUAUCCAUCCUGGGUCCACAUAUCCAAGGUGGUGGAAGAAGCAGAACCGACGGCCUUCAAGCAGCACUUUCAAGAUUGGAACUAAAUCUUACAAGCUUUAGUAUUAAAACAUAGAAACAGACAGAUGGAAAAAAACGCUUCCUUUAUUAAUAGAAUCCUGGCUUUCAUUCGUCAACAUCAACAUCAGUCGACUUAAAAGAAAUGGUCAUGAAUUAGUGACAUCUGCAUAUCGUCUGCGAAAGGUACAGAAGUCAUUUGUGGG